AUGAACUCAGAAAAAACUAUUGGACCUGAGUAUGAAGGCAGGAUCACCUUCUUCCCAUCUACUGCGUCUUUGGAGCUCAGGAGUCUCACUCUGGAUGACACUGGAGAAUACAAUGUUAACAUUAUACAAGAUGGAAUAAUCCUGAAUGACCGUACUACUCUGCUGAUAUACGCUGAAAUCUCCAGUGUGGUGCUGACUGCUAACACCACAGAUCUGUCAGAGUUCAACAGCUCCAUCAGGCUGUCCCGCUCCUGCUCCUCCUUCUUCUGGCUGAACAGCAGCUCUGAGGUCACAGCCAAUGCAAGAGUUCAGUUCACUGAUGAAGACGCCACUCUCACUAUAAUCAACAUCACCCGCUAUGACCAGGGGCCAUUCAUGUGUUAUGUGUUUAAUAAUUUCAGUAAUGACAUCAGCAAUCUGGUGAAGCUCUCCAUCAGCUGUAUGUGUGUAGGUGAGGGUAUAUUACCCACUGGACCCCUGAGUGGAGCUGUAGCAGGCACAGUGAAGUUCACCACCACUCUCAGACCUCCAGAGAAACCAUUCCUCUCAGUAAGCUGGAGGUUCAAUGGGGUGAACAUCAUCAGUUCCACCAGCAUCAACAUCCCUGAUCCUGGAUAUGCCGGCAGGAUCUCAUUAGACCGAGCCACAGGGUCCCUGGAGCUCAGAAACCUGGCACUGGAGGACAGCGGGGAGUACACCUUCACCAUCACACCAGAUGCAGGGCUGCCAAAACAGGGGAGGAGCACUCUGACUGUGUAUGAUGAAAGCUCCACCAACCUCACCUGUGAGGCCUCUGGCUCCAUCAGCUCCAGAGAGUGGAUAAAAGAUGGCCAGCUUCUUAAUCCCAGUGGCGGUGUCAGCUUUUCCUUGGACAACAAGACAGCGUCCAUACAGCCUGUUCACAUUUCUGACCGCGGCACCUAUCAGUGUAGAGUCAGCAACCCGGUCAGCACCAUGACUGCGACCCAUAAUCUCACUGUCAGCUUUGGACCAUACAACGUGUUGAUCAGCAGACCCUCAGCUGCUCCUCAAGGUCACAGUAUAACGCUGCAGUGCACCGCAGACUCGGUCCCACCAGCACACUUCAGCUGGAUGUUUAAUGGCAAAGAGACGCAUGUUUAUAACUCGUUGUAUAUCAUAGAGAGGUUAGGGGCAGAAAACACUGGAAAUUACACCUGCACUGCCAAAAACACAGUGACCAUGAUGGAAAGCUCCACAGUUCUGGAUCUGAGAGAUGAAAGCUCCACCAACCUCACCUGUGAGGCCUCUGGCUCCAUCAGCUCCAGAGAGUGGAUAAAAGAUGGCCAGCUUCUUAAUCCCAGUGGCGGUGUCAGCUUUUCCUUGGACAACAAGACAGCGUCCAUACAGCCUGUUCACAUUUCUGACCGCGGCACCUAUCAGUGUAGAGUCAGCAACCCGGUCAGCACCAUGACUGCGACCCAUAAUCUCACUGUCAGCUUUGGACCAUACAACGUGUUGAUCAGCAGACCCUCAGCUGCUCCUCAAGGUCACAGUAUAACGCUGCAGUGCACCGCAGACUCGGUCCCACCAGCACACUUCAGCUGGAUGUUUAAUGGCAAAGAGACGCAUGUUUAUAACUCGUUGUAUAUCAUAGAGAGGUUAGGGGCAGAAAACACUGGAAAUUACACCUGCACUGCCAAAAACACAGUGACCAUGAUGGAAAGCUCCACAGUUCUGGAUCUGAGAGUUUUUGUGGCACAAAGAGUCGAAGUCUCACCUGAAGUGACUGGAUACAUUGGAAAUGAUGUCACCCUGAGCUGUCAGUUAAUCCAAGGACCAACACACACCAAUGUUACUCAGGUUCAGUGGGCUCUCCAGGAUGAAGAAGGAACAGGAAAAGUCACUCUCAUUGUUUUCAACACUAUGUUUGGAGUGAAUAUUUCUGAGAGUCCACUGAAGGAGAGAGUGGCGUUUGAUAAACAUUCGUUGAUAAUUAAGGCUCUAGAAAUGAAAGAUGCAGGAUCCUAUACCUGCAGCAUUUCCACUUUUCCCAGUGGUACAUUUGAAGGAACCACCAAACUUGUUGUUCGAGAAACGAAACCACUGUCAGCAGGAAUAGUUCUUGCUAUAGUGACUGCUGUCUUGUUGCUGUUAGCGAUCAUGGUGGCCAUGCUUUAUUUCAUCCGCAUUAGAAGACGCCAUUCUUCCGCUGGGUUUCGUUUCGUCAUUGAUACGACUGGUCCAGAGAGAGAGUCGCAAUCAUCUGCAACUGAGAGAGACCAGGAUGUGGUGUACUCUGACAUCAAAGUGAAACCAUCCAGAGAUGCCUCUCCUUUAACCAAUUACAAACUCAGAGAGAGUGUGUAUGUUGACGACGUCACGUACUCCGAGGUCAUAGUUUCUCAGAUGAUUCUGUCAUGA